UUUGUUUUAUUUCACUUCCCAGGUGUGUAAACUUGUCGGUGGCAAUUUUGAUGCAUUUUUCUCAGCUAUUUCUUCACUCUUUUAAUUAGUUUCAGUUUCUGUCUUGAAUGGUCCUAAUUUUUUGUUUUUGGUAGCUUUUCUUGAAGCUUGCAGUGACGUUACUUUCAAGAAUUGAAAGAUUCUUGGUUAUCUGCUACAUGAUCAGUGGCUGCUGUUGCAUGCUAAAUUGAGCUUCUUGUAAAUCAUGGACCAGAAGUCAUGGUUAUGGCCGAGGAAACGAUCGUCAGCGAAGACAAUUGUUUCAAUCAGCAAAUCUGAUCAUCCUGCUCAAGGAAAUGGUGUUGAGGUACAGACAGUUCCAAAUGAAACUGAAUAUCUGGAGCAAUCAUUGAAAAUCUUAGAUGAGAAGUUAGCUUCCGCCCUCCGUGAGUCUAAUUCUAAAGAUGAACAAUUGAAGAAGUCCGCAGAAAUGGAACAAGAAGCUAUUGCAGGUCAGAAGAAAGCGGAAGCCGAAAUACUUUGCCUUAAAAAAGAACUUGAUGAAGCGGUACACCAGAGAGAAGAAGCUAAUGAAAGGAUAAUGCACUUGAACACUGCCCUGAAGGAUCACAUGCAGCAAUUAGCUUCUCUCAGAGAAGAACAGGAGCAGAAAGUACGUGAUGCUGCAAUGAGGACAUCAAAAGAAUUUGAGAAGGCGCUCAGAAAGUUGGAGGAAAAAUUAGCAGAAACAAGUAAAAGGAUUGCAAAUUUGACUCUUGAAAAUUGUCAUCUGAAUAAGGUCCUUCUCAUGAAAGGGCAGAUAAUUGAAGAGCUAACAAAGAGCGGUGCACAGGCAGAAGCAGAGUUUAACGCACUAAUGUCGAGGUUGGAUUCUGUAGAGAAAGAAAAUUCUUUUUUGAGGUAUGAAUUUCAGAUGCUCGAGAGGGAGUUCCAUAUUCGGAAUGAUGAGGUGGAGUUUAGCCGCCGCUCUUUGGAUGCCUCGCGUAAGCAGCAACUUGAGAAUGUGAAGAAAAUUAGAAAAUUGGAAGCAGAUUGUCAGAGAUUACGUCUUUUAACUCGCAAGCGGCUGCCUGGUCAAGUUGCAUUGACAAAUGUUAAGAAUGAAAUUGAAAUGCAAGGAAAAAACCAGGCUGUUAUAAGGAGGAGGAAGUCGGAUCCUCCGACUGGAACUUUAGUUCUUAAAGACACAGCCUCAGAAGGACAUCCCGACAAUCUCCGUAAGGAGAUAAAUUUUUUGGUCGAACGUAUGUGCAAUCUGGAAGGAGAGAACAAAGCUUUGAAAGAAUUAGUUUCUUCUGUUAAGGGUUCCAAAGAUCUGUCCCUGGCUAGUCCACUAUCAUAUGAAACUUCCUCAAUAUCAAGUUACGACACGUACAAGAGAGACGAAAGUGUUUGUUCAAAAAUGACGGGGGUUUCAGAGAUGUGUCUGCUCGAUGAUUUUGUUGAAAUGGAGAAACUUGCAAUCGUUGCUGUUGAUUCUACAAUAGGGAGUUCUUAUCCUCCCUCAGAUGCAAGUCUCACUUUAUCAGACUCCUCGAGAUUAGAGACACAUGGAAACCAGACGGACUUGACUGGUAAGGAACUAGUUCCAGUGGGACCAGGUGAUUCAUCCUCCAAUUGGCUCCAUGAAAUCUUGAAAAUAAUCAUGGAGCAAAGCCGUGUCUCGAAAAAAGGUGUUGAUGAACUAAUAGAGGACAUAAGAGUAGCUUUGUACAACCCUCCAUGUACUGGUCCAUCUGAACCGCUUCCCGUAAGUGGUUACAUUACUUGGAAAUCUCCAGUAACAUCUCCAAAGAUACAAAGUAUAACGACUGAACCGGAACCAAUGCAAGCAGAAAAUGAAAGACUGAAAGCUGAGAUAGACAGUAUGAAAUCUGUACAAGUCAAGCUGCAGGUAGUGACGAACAAGUGCGAAAACUUGGCAAGUGAACUUCAGCAAUCACAACAAAGUAUAGAAAACCUACAAGCUGAACUGGAAACAGCUAAAGAAUCUAAAAGAAUGAUGGAGGAUGUUCUUGAUAAUCAGAAAUCAAUCAAUGAAGAUCUUGACACUCAGCUUACUGUGACAAGAGUUAAACUAAAUGAAACACUUUCUAAGCUAUCCUCUCUUGAAGUAGAAUUGGAAGAUAGAAGUCACUGUUGUGAAGAUCUGGAAGGAACUUGUUUUGAGCUUCAGCUCCAACUUGAAAGUAUUACUGCCAAAACUUCUGUGGAUGGCCUGGAUCAAGAAAAAGGGCACCAGAAAACUGGCUGGGAGAUAACAGCUGCCUCUGCAAAGUUGGCGGAGUGUCAAGAGACUAUAAUGAACCUAGGAAAGCAAAUUAAGGCCUUAGCUUUGCCAAAGGAAAAUACAGUUGGUGAAACUAAUUCCACCAGUAAGAAAAUGAGGAAGCACAUGUCUUUACUCGAUCGGAUGCUUACUGAGGAUGAUGUGGAAAAGGAGAAUCUCGACUCUCCCAACUCAGAAGAACCUCCAAGAAACAAUGAUAUAGUCCUUGCGACGCAAAGCCCGCAGCCUGAAGCUAAAACUCCCAAUAUGGGAACUAUGAUUAUUUUGCCAACCAAGAAGCGAGGGGUGAAUUUUCUAAGGAAACUAUUGCUAAGGAAGAAGUAUGGAAGAAGCAAGAAAAGAGCCUUUCCAUUAGGCAUUGAAGCUUACUAAUGCUGCAAGAAAAUCGGGUUUUACCUCUCAGCGUGCAGUUUUUGGUUUGAUAACACAUAAUGCACAUAGAUAUAUUUAUCUUUUGUAAUGCAUGCAUCUGCAGCCUGGAUAUUGACUUCAAUAACUUACCUUCAUGGAUCUAUUUGAGUGUGUUCUUUAUGUACUUGUCAUGUAAAAAAGCCUCUGUUUGCCUCUUA